AUGGAGUCUUCGUCCAUGAGCCAAGAUCCCGACGACGUGAAGCUGGAGGAUUCUCCCACCCCGACCGGUCGGACCUCUGCAGAUGCAGAAACACCGGCGUCCGAUAAUGGCGGGCCCGCGGGGCGGAAACGCAAGCUGAACAGCACGUCGGCUCGAGGCGUUGCCAACCUUACCCCGGAGCAAUUGGCAAAGAAGCGCGCCAACGAUCGUCAGGCUCAGCGAGCCAUCCGAGAGCGGACCAAGACUCACAUCGAUUCCCUCGAGCAGCGCGUGCGCGAUCUUUCCUCCCAGAAGCCUUUCCUCGACCUCCAGGCGGCCAUCAAACAGAAUGAAGCCAUUCAGGCGGAAAAUCGGGAGAUCAAGCAGGGGUUGAAAUCGAUCAUGGAUAUUAUCCAGCCACUGGUUGGGAGACAGGACCCUUCAAAUCCUCCACCUUCCUCGACUCAGUCUGGUGGCACAAAGUCGAUCCCCCCCCUUUCUACCACUCUACCUUUCUUGGAAUCCAACCAUCCCGCCAGUAACCCUAAGUCAACGGAGCAGCAGUACUCCGAAUCCAUUGCCAGUGUUGAUACCCCCUCCUCCACCCAUUCGGCGCCCACGUUCGGCGGACUUCGACGGGACAGCGCGACCGGAUCGUCUACUUCGUUUCGCAUUGCCUUCGACUACCAACGCCAUAAUCUGGCCCAUGGAUUGGAUUUUGGAAGCGAUGAGCGGAUGGGUUUCAACUUCCUACUCGAUGCAUCGCAACAGGUUCCCAGAGUGGAGGGCUUCCGCCGUACCUCGGACAACCUCCGCGUGCCCCCGUUGAGCGCGCCUGCUGUCUAUUCGUCCCCGCACAAUACUGGGCCCAUGGGGGAUCAGACGCUUCCUGCACACCUUACCCCGAUCCGGAACAUUGCUCCGACCUGCACGUUGGAUGCCAUUUUGCUGGAUUUUCUUCACCAUCGUCAACAGCAGGCAGCACAGGGGGUCCCCAAACAGAAGCUGGUAGGGCCGCCUUAUCCCAGCGUCUCAUCGCUGCUGAAUCCGGAAAAGAGCGUGUAUUCCCAUCCGCUCUCCAAGGUUUUCACGGACAUUCUACGCACGUUCCCGGACAUCUCGUCGUUGCCGGAACAGGUGGCCGUCCUGUAUCUCAUGUUCAUUCUCAUGCGAUGGCAGAUCUACCCAACCCCGGAGAACUACGAUCGCGUGCCGCACUGGCUGACCCCUCGUCCAUCGCAGCUGUUCACUCCGCAUCCUGCCUGGAUUGACUACCUGCCCUGGCCGCAGAUGCGCGACCGUGUGGUGAUGUCCUACCGGGAUUUCCCAUUUGAAAAUUGGUUUAUCCCAUUUACGCGCACACUAUCGGUCAAUUGGCCGUAUGAGGCGACCGAUUGUCUGCUGUCGACGGGAGAUUGUGACGAAUUGAUCAUCAACCCCGUCUUCGAACGGCAUUUCCGCAAUCUCAGUAACUGGACGCUGGGACCGGCCUUUGUCGAGGCCUAUCCGUCCCUUGUUGAUACCACCAAAAUCAAGGCCAUGCCCUGA